GUACGUAGUCGGAACGUGGUGUUCCCCGGCGAACGAAAAUCAAUAUUCCCGUCGCAUCGCGAGGCAGAGAACACGCAGCGGCCGGUCGCCAUUUGCCGUGGCUAUUAUACUCGCGCGCGCUCUCCCGACGCCGUGGAGCUCGCUCUCACGUCGACGGUGUGCCACGACGGGGCCGCUGCCGCCGUCAUCCGGUCAUCACCGGUCAGUCGCGCCGCGCCGCGCCGCGUCGCUCCGCUCCGCUCUGCGAUUUUUCUGCCGGACACGCGCGCACGUCAUCGAGUGUAUCGCGAGAAGGAACGAAGCCAACAUCAUUAACGUUAAUAGCAGCGGUGGCAACGGCAGGAUCCUAAUUUCCUGCAUACCGUAGGAACCGACAAUUUCGCCUGGGUACCUCCCGUCCGACGUCUCGUCCCGGAACUCGAUUUACUCCCAACAUCGUCGUCUCUACGAGACGACCAUCCACACGCGAUCGUCACGAUUUGUGUCCUUCGCCCUUCCUCCUCCCUGUAUCAUCUCUUUCUCUCCCCCGUCCCUUAACGCUCCCGUUCGUCAGUUUGAAGGGGAACCAAGCCAGCCUCGGUGAGAAUUGAGGUAUCCCGUUUCGGUGACGCGGAAGCCGCGUCGCCAACGGUCUCUCUCGCUCGCCAAUAAUUCACUCAUUUCUCCCUUCCCUCUCAUCCUCCCUUUCGCGUGCACUUUCCUUCGUUGCCGCGCGCCGAAGACGAUGGCGUUUCUGAGGAGCGUGCCGCGGCGAUGUUGCGCCGGCAAAAAGCUGGUCAAGUGCGGCGCUUCGCCGUUGGCUGUGGUCGGUCUCCUGGAGAAUGUCACUGCGGCGACGGCGACGACGACGGCGGCGGCGGCGACGGCAACGGCGGCAGCGGUUACUAGGACACCACCGUCAUUGCGGUUGGUUGCACAGGUGCGUGGUUAUGCCACCUCCUCCUCCUCCUCCGCCGCUACCACUGACGUCAAGCAGCAACGACAGCAGCAACAAUCGGCGGUGCCUCGGCAAAUCGACCCGCUCGAUUUGAAGUUUAACGACCCGAUCGCCUCUUUUAAAAGCAAGACAACUAUGGAGUUGAUGCGCGCCUAUGUCGUCUACCAGAUGUGCAGCGUCGAAUACCUCGUGGAGAACAACAUGAAGGUCAUGAAAAUGGUGAAGUCAAUACUGGGUGAAAAGCUGUUCACGAAGCUUAUGAAGGCCACGUUUUACGGUCACUUUGUCGCUGGCGAAGAUGAGGUGCAGAUUACACCUGUCUUAGAUAGGCUGCGGCAGUUUGGCGUCAAACCAAUCCUUGAUUAUUCCGUCGAAGAAGACAUCUCGCAGGAGGAGGCCGAGAGGCGUGAAAUCCAAGCCUCGGUGUCGGAAGCGGGCGAUGAGAAGAGGGAGGGCCCGCUAAAGAAGUAUCACGUAGAGAAGUCGUUCGCCGAUCGACGAUACAAGGUGUCGUCGGCCAGGACAUAUUUUUACCUGAAUGAAGCGUCGUGCGAACGAAAUAUGGACAUAUUUAUCAGGUGUCUGGAGGCUGUGGCGAGUGCUUCGAUGGGAAUGGGUAUUACAGCUGUUAAAUUAACGGCUCUUGGUCGGCCACAGCUUCUGCUGCAAUUGUCAGAGGUAAUUAUGCGUGCACGACAGUAUACGUCGGAUGUUAUCGGCGGCGAGGGUGCCGUUUUGGCUCAUCACGCAAAACCUGAUGAUUUUAAGAAAAAAUUCGAGGAGGCACGCAUCAAAGAUACAGAGGUGCAAAAGUUCCUUCAAAAAAUUCAAUCGGAUAAGGAAGGUGUGAUUCAUCUCUUCCCGUGGAGCGGAAUUCUAGACGAAAAUUAUGAACUGAGCGAAACGUUCCAAGUACCUGAUAUUAAGACGGGCAAAAUGGUUAGGCUAAUGUCGCAACUCACGUCCAAGGAAGAAGAAAUGUUUAGGAACAUGAUCAGGCGUUUAAAUAAUAUCGUCACGGUAGCUGACAGUCUGGAUGUUCGUAUUAUGAUAGAUGCGGAGCAGACGUACUUCCAACCGGCCAUUUCUCGCCUGACGUUAGAGAUGAUGCGCAAAUACAAUACGAAAAAGGCUGUGGUAUUCAACACUUACCAGACGUAUCUACAAGACGCGUUUAAUGAGGUGAAAACGGAUCUCGAACAGGCAGAACGCCAAAACUUUUAUUUUGGUGCUAAACUUGUACGCGGCGCGUACAUUGAACAGGAAAGAGCAAGAGCAGCAGCUAUGGGUUAUCCAGAUCCCACUAACCCAACGUUCGAAGCGACGACCGAGUCCUACCACAAGACGCUCAUGGAGUGCUUGAGGCGGAUGAAGCAGUAUAAGGACAAGGGGGAAGAUCCCAAGAAAAUAGGAAUUAUGGUCGCUUCGCACAACGAAGACACUGUGCGUUUCGCGAUCGAGAAGAUGAAAGAAAUCGGAAUUUCGCCGGAGGAUAAAGUCAUAUGUUUUGGUCAAUUAUUAGGAAUGUGCGACUACAUCACAUUUCCAUUAGGUCAAUCUGGUUACUCUGCAUACAAGUACAUCCCGUAUGGACCGGUUAAGGAGGUAUUGCCGUACUUGUCUCGACGCGCACAAGAGAACAGGGGUAUACUGAAGAAGAUCAAAAAGGAAAAACGCUUGUUACUCAAUGAAAUCACGAGACGUAUAGUGCGUGGCAAGCUCUUUUACAAACCCAAGGGCAAUUAUACUCCAGUUUGAGCAGUCGAUCCGUUUAGUUGCACACAAACAGAAUUUUAAGUAUCAAAUUUAAGUAGUGGUUGUAAAUUAUUGAGGACUCUCCUGAAAGAACUUGAGGCGAGCUCUUCUGAUUGAAGUAACUUGACGGACCUGUUACUGUGGUACUCGGAAGAGAGAGAGAUAGAGAGAGAGAGAGAGAAAGAGAGCGUCGUGCACGCAUCCGUGUGCGUGAGUAUGUAUGUGAGACUUGAGAAUAUAUGCAGUGUUAUCUGUUACGUAAAAAUCGCCUUAGUGUUGUAUUGUCGAAUGUACCGAUGCUCAAAAUUACUUGUGAGUAAAGCUAUAGUAAGUACUCGUUGCUCGUUUUUUUCGUCGUUAUUAAA